UUUUCCCGGCACCUCAAACCCAAACCCUAGAACAGUGUUACAAACUUACAAACCCAAAGCAAAUCCCCUCCGCCAUCUCCCCCCUGAAGCCGCUCUGUCAUCAUCUCAAGUCCGAUCCGUAGUUGCCUUGUAGAAACCCCUCUCCAGUUCGACUGCGACGUCGCCGAAGGUGUCCUCAGUUAAGUUCGAUCUGCAAUUUGCCGCUCCUCCAGCUCGCUCCGGCGGCCGCCGCACGUCCAGCAGCUCCUCCGUGUCCCAUCGAGAAAGCGCGCAAUGAAUGAGGAAAUCAAGUCAGAAUUCAGAAAAAGCGGGUUCCAUCUCAACAAAGAAGAAGAAGAAGAAUUACUGAGCAAAUGUGUCACUUUCUGUAUCAACUACAGUCUCAGCCCUUCCGAUCUCGUCUCAAGCUGGGAGGUUUACUACCUCAAUAGGCAGCUGAACGAACCAACUGUGCAAAAUGUUGAAAUGGACGGUUUUCUGAUGCAUCUACAAAAUAAUAUGAAAGAAGAUGUUUUAAUGGAGGAAGCUGCAUGGCAUAGUUACUCUAUCAAAGAUGUAGAAAUGAUCUUAAAUAAUGAUGAUGAUAAAAAGGACAAUACUCCCGGAACGCCAACGGAUCAUCAUCAAGAUCUUCAUUCACCUGCACAUGAUACGCCAUCUUCAGUGUAUGAAAAUGUCUCAUAUUCUGGAAAACCAUCAAAUCUAGUGACACCCUUUUCAAAGCGAACAGAUAGGUUUGCAGUGAAAGUUAGCAUCAAUACCAUCCCUGAUGUAGAGAAUGGAAAACAAGAACUGAAUCAUGAGAACGCUGAGAAUGACGAGGACAAUGUUGUUAGGAAAGUUCUGCCCCGUGAAAGGUGUUCAUUGGUGGUUCAUGGAUCAGGGCCCGAACCUGGUUGCAGGUUCAUGUAUGAUCGGAUUGAGGAUAGGGUUAAUGCAGUAGAAAAUCGGAUUAGGAAACAUGCAAGAGCAUUUGUAACUUCUAGGCUCUAUGAAGAACUUGCAGAUCCUACUAUUGCUUCGCAGAGAAGCAUUUUUGCUGUUGGCAUGAUAUGUUGUGAUGGAGAAGGCCGACUAAAUGAGAAGUCAGUCAUGCUGCAGAGCAGUAUGGAGCACUCUGGAGGAGAAUGUGUUCGCCUAGACUUACAACAUUUAAGCCACUAUUCAGUUUUUCCUGGCCAGGUAGUUGGUAUUGGAGGGCAUAAUCCUAGUGGGCAUUGCUUAGUUGCAUCUAAAUUGGAGGAUUCUAUACCUACUUCUGUUGCUGAUGAGGAUUUGAAUCCUCCAAAGAAGCGAGCUAUUGAUAAGGAGAAUCAGCCAACUGAUCUGUUCUCUAAACCGAGAGCGUUAUCAAUGAUUAUUGCAGCGGGUCCUUUUACUACAACAGACAAUUUGUUGUUUGAGCCUCUUGUAGAACUACUUGCAUAUGCAAAGCGAAAACCGACACAGUUGCUUGUAUUGCUGGGACCAUUUAUUGAUUCGGAACACCCAGACAUUAAGAAAGGAACAACAGAUCGGAGUUUUGAUGAAAUAUUUCAUUUUGAAAUCUUGAGGAAGUUGCAAGAUUAUGUAGAAUGUAUGGGUUCAGCAGCACGUGUUCUCCUUGUUCCAUCUAUACGUGAUGCUAACCAUGAUUUUGUUUUUCCUCAGCCUGCAUUGGAUAUCAGUCUACCUGAUCUCAAAUCUCAGAUAGUCAGUCUCGCUAACCCUGGACUCUUUGAAGCAAAUGAGGUCAAAGUUGGUUGCUGCACUGUGGAUAUUCUCAAGCAGCUCAGUGGGGAGGAGAUAUCACGAAUGGCAGCAGAUGGAAAACCUGUUGAUCGCUUGAGUAGACUUGCAAACCACAUUCUUAACCAGCAAAGCUUUUAUCCACUUUACCCGCCAGCAGAAAGUGUUCCCUUGGACUCUUCUCUUGCUCCAGAAGCCCUUCAACUCUCUUUGGUUCCAGAUGUUCUUAUCUUACCUUCAGAUAUAAAGUAUUUUGUGAAGGUGCUGAGUAGCGAACGUGAAGGGAUAGACCACGCGAAAUGUGUCGCCGUCAACCCGGGAAGACUAGCCAAGGGAGAAGGAGGGGGUACUUUCGUAGAGCUCGAUUACUGUGGAGGUCCUGAUAAGAUUAACGCUUCAGUUGUUGGCAUAUGAAGCUUGUUUUAUUUUCGGAGGUUACACUGGCUUCUUUUUAUGGCAUUGUAUAAUAUGUAUUUAUAAUUUUCUUUUCUUGAAA